AUGGCAGAGCUAAAUGAUAAGACAAAGGCCAUGUUAAAGUUAAUUGAAGAGGAUGCAGAUUCCUUCGCUCAACGUGCAGAGAUGUAUUACAAGAAGAGACCACAGCUUGUGAGCAUGGUUGAAGAUUUCUAUAGGACACAUCGAUCAUUAGCUGAGCGGUAUGAUCAAGUCACUGGAAUUCGCCAGCAGAAGACUGGGGCAUCCCCCUUUUCUCUACUCAAGCAUCAACAACCAGAGAAGUUGAUGAGUUUUGCGGAUGACAGUUAUGAUAGCUAUUCUGAGAGUUGUGAUGUGGAGGAGUCUGGGGAAUCUGAAAUUGAUGAUCCUGAGCAAGAAGAGGAAGAAGAUACCAAAUUUGAUAACAGUACAGAACUGGAUAAAGUUCAGUUUGUGGCUGCAAAUGAUGUGUUGGAGCUGAGGAAAGAAGUUGAGAGACUUGGUGAAGAGAACAAGGAUCAAAAGGAUCAGAACAAGCAGAAAUAUAACAUUUAUGAAGUAGUGAUGCUGAGGGAAGAAAUAGAGCAACUCAGAAAAGAGAACAGAGUUCAGAAGGAUGAACUCAACCAGAAAAGCAUCAUUUGCAGUGAAGUAAUAAUGUUGAGGGGAGAAAUAAGACGACUUGAAAAGGAGAAUAGAGCGCAGAAGGGUGAACUCAACCAGAAAAAUAUCAUUUAUGGUGAAGGAUUUAGGGAAGAAAUAGAACAACUCAGUAAAGAGAACAGAGUUCUGAAGGAUGAACUAAACCAGAAAAGUAUCAUUAGUGGUGAAGUAAUGAUGUUGAGGGAAGAAAUAGAACGACACCGAAAAGAAAAUGGAGUGCAAAAGGAUGAACUAAACCAGAAAGAUAACAUUUGUGGUGAAGUAACGAUGUUGAGGGAAGAAAUAGAACAACUCAAUAAAGAGAACAAAGUUUUGAAGGAUGAACCAAACCAGAAAAGUAUCAUUUGUGGUGAAGUAACGAUGUUGAGGGAAGAAAUCGAACUAUUCAGAAAAGAGAAUGAAGUGCAGAAGGAUGAACUAAACCAGAAAGAAAACAUUUUCGGUGAAGUAAUGGUGUUGAGGGAAGAAAUAGAACAACUCAGUAAAGAGAACAGAGUUCUGAAGGAUGAAAUAAUCCAGAAAAGUAUCAUUUGUGGUGAAGUAAUGAUAUUGAGGGAAGAAAUAGAACAAUUGGUAAAAGAGAAUGAACCACAAAAGGAUGAACUCAACCCGAAAUAUAUCAUUUGUGGUGAAGUAACGAAGUUGAGGGAAGAAAUAGAGCAACUCAAAAAAGAGAACAGAGCGCAGAAGGAUGAACCCGAUAAGAAAGGUAUCAAUUGUGAAGUAAUGACGUUGAGGGAAGAAAUUGAAGUACACAGAAAAGAGAUAAGAGUGAAGAAUGAUGAACUCAUCCGGAAAGGUAACAUUUGUGGUGAAGUAAUGAUGUUAGGGGAAGAAAUAGAACGACUCAGAAAAGAUGACAGAGUACAAAAGGGUACCAUUGGUGGUGAAGUAAUGAUGCUAAGGCAAGAGAACAGCGUACAGAAGGACCAUCUCAAGCAAAAAGACCAAGAGAAAAUAGAGGUUAUAAGACAGCUGAGCUUAGCUAUAGAUAUGCUGAAGCAGGAGAAUGUAAAGAUGAGAAGCUUCAUAGCUAAGGAAUGUACCAACAAAUGGAAUAACCCAUUUGGGUUUAAGAAUUUCAUGGGAUCAUUAUCAGGGAAGUUGUUUAAUGGAUUAGCAACGAAUCAACCUAGUCUUGUGGCUCUCUAA